CAUGACGUCAUAUGUGUGCGACAGAUUGGGUUGUCUACUAUGGCAGCCUUCUGUCACGCAUGUGAGUUUUGUUGAUUCUCAUACGGAAAGUUUCUGGCAACCAUGGGUAAAAUACUGGAUGAUGUCGUGGAUAGCGGCGGAAUAGAAGUGAUUAUUCAAAACGAAAGCGACAAAACAAUACCACGGUGUCAACAUGGACCAGCGCUGUUGUUCGAGAAAACUGCCCAUGGAGAGGAAAAAAGAAGAAGAUUUUACGCGUGUUCUGCUUGUCGAGAUAGAAAAGACUGCAACUUUUUUCAGUGGGCAGACGAGAAGAUAUCAGAGGCAAGAAUGCUUGCCAGAGAGGAGCAGAACCGCUCCAAGAUGCCUCUUUUCACUCAUCAGGAAUACUUCACUAGAUUUAGAGAGUUUGUUUCUCUGCCACUGGAGCAGAGAAGGUUCUGUGUGGACUGUCAGAUGUUGAUCUUCCCUGGGGAAUGGGCAAAUCACGCGAAACACAAAUCACUUUCUGAGGACGUCACAGUGCAGCGGUUGAAAAGGCCCAGUCUACUUCUGUGUCCUCUGGACAACAAGAAGAGUAACGCACAAUAUCUAUUUGCAGACCGGAGCUGUCGUUUCCUCCUGGAUCUGCUCUUGGGGUUAGGCUUCCAGAAAAUUCUCUGCGUAGGGACGCCACGAUUACAUGAGGCGAUAAAGCUUCGGAAUAUGGAGGGCAAGAGUCCUACCGUCAAGAGUUUAUUGCUGGAUAUUGAUUACAGGUACUGCCAGUUUUUUGGUCAGGAUGAGUUCUGCCACUAUAACAUGUUCAACCAUCACUUCUUUGAUGAUGAGGAAGCGGUCACGUUUUUUCAAGGCUUUCUGCGUGAGGAGGGAGGAGCCAAGGUAGUCAUGGUAACAGACCCCCCUUUUGGAGGCCUAGUGAAGCCACUAGCCAACAGUUUCUCUCAGAUGUCGAUGACCUGGAAAAAGCAUAAUAAAGUGAGCGAUGCAGCUGAGAUGCCAAUGAUCUGGAUCUUCCCAUAUUUCUUUGAGCCCCGUAUCCUUGAGUGUUUUCCCUCCUUUUCUAUGCUGGAUUACCAGGUCGAUUAUGAUAAUCAUCCUCUGUAUAAACACGGAAAGAAGGGCCGUAAGCAGUCACCUGUUCGACUUUUCACCAAUCUGAGCCCUAAAGAUAUUAUUCUACCAGAGGAUGAAGGUUACAGAUUUUGCAGUGUUUGUGAGAGGUUUGUGUCAGCAGGAAACAAACACUGCCCUAAGUGUGAUGCAUGCCCAUCAAAGGAUGGCCGAGAGUGGAGGCACUGUGAUGAAUGUGGGCGGUGUGUGAAGCCUUCAUGGCACCAUUGUUCUUCAUGUGGUCACUGUGCUCUCCCUGAUCACCCUUGUGGUCAGAGCCAAACUGGCUGUUUCAAUUGUGGCAGCCAAAAACACAAACUUAGAGCCUGCCCUAAGAAACACAAUAAACGAAUGCCUGUGCCUGGUGGCCGUGGAGCUCAAGGCCUGUCUAAACACAUUACUGGCAAAUCCACAGCUAAGAACAAAUGGAAAAGAACAGUUAAAUGAUCUCACACGCAGUGUAUUAUGGGAACGAUGGUUUUGUGGCUGCUGAGAAUUGCAUCACAAGUACAUACUGUGAGAUCACAAAGUGUGAAACGAUGACUGGUGUUAAACCUACAUGUAUGCAGGAAGGUUAUUGUGUAUGUACAGCCACCGUUGUCUUUUUGCUGUUUUAUUUAUGCAUCUUGUCCUUGUCACAAGCUUAUCCUACACUAGAAUGUUCCCAGUUCAAUGAACUCGUUGUGAACAAACCUUAUCAACGGUCUGGAGUAACGGUUCAAAGAAGCUUUGUUCCUGCUUAUGUAGCUCAAACAGUGACGAUCGGUGGAUAAAACAUUUGAAUACAAUUACUGCAUUAUUGAAAUGGAUGUCAUUUCUGUACUUUUCAAAAGGAAAAACCUUUUUUCUU